CCGUUAGUGAUUAGUCUUAGUCUGUGGCAUAAUCUUCCUCUAUGCCCUAUGGUCUAAACUCGUCUAAACUCUUCAGUCUAGUCUACAUUACAAAAUACAAAGAUAGAAAUCAUAACAAUAAAGCAAAAUAUCGAAAGUAAAAAGAACUCGAUCAAUAAAUUUUGUGUACGAAAAAUACCUAUCAAUAUUAACUUAUUACAAAAAAAAAAAUUAAAGAUUAAUUUGUCCAUUGUUUCUAAUAACAUAUUAUUGUAAAAUGCAUUUCCUUCACAAUUUCGAUCCUGAAACUUCUACUCGUGAGCGAAGAAAGUUAAAUCGAAAAAGUUAUUUUAUCAACCGCAAGUGUAAAAAAUUAUACAACGAGCGAGGAUAUAUUAAUGCGACAGGUGAAGAUCGUUGCGAUUGUUUAGAUGAAAAAUGUCCUGGCUGCCACUUUCCUUGUCCCAAGUGUAAUUCAAAUAAAUGUGGUCUGGAAUGCAGAGUUAAUAGAAAAUGGAUGUAUGAUAAAAUAGAAAUAGAAGGAAAUGAUAUGGUUGUUAAAAAUACAUUUAAUAAACAAUAAACCUAAUCAUUCGCCAAUAAUUUAAAGAAAUAUUCUACUUCAAGUUCACCAUCUUCAGGAAGAUCAGUGCAAUGAACAGCAUUAUGUAUUAUGGUUUUACCGUAAUGUGCUCUAAUGGAAUCUGGAUAUAAUUGACGUGCUAAAUCCUGGAAUAAAGAGAUUAUUAAAACUUUAAA